AUGGCGGAUUCGGACUUGGAAGAAGACGUGCACGCAAUGGAUAAGCGAGAAAGGCACCGGCAAUCCGUGACAGCAACCGCCUGGGCAUCUUUGUCGUUGGUCACAGGGGCAGUGCUGCUGUGGGCGUCGAUGGCAGGGUCGAAAUCAGAAGCCAUCUACUUGAUGGACAAAGUGGUUCGUUUCGACACUGCUGGCCCGUUCGGGGAAGACCUUGCAGGGGCUUCUCACGUGUUAACGACGUUGAUGCUUGUACGUAUACUGCUCUUCGUGGGCCUGGCAGUCGUGGUGACCAGCCUAAUUGGUAUCACGGCCAGCACUGGAAAACAUAAAUGCCUUGCUGCGACCUACGGUUCCUGCUCCCUCGCUUGCGCCGGUGUGAUGCUGGUCCUGGCCAUGCAAGUGAUGCAGCGAAUUUACGUGGUCGAACCUUUGGUGCACAGACAGGUUGGGCCAUGCCUUGGACUGCUCUUGGGCAUCUCGGAUCGGCGCGGGCGUUGA